CAAUUUCACCGUUCUCUCCUUUUUCUCUCUCCUCCCCCCCCCCCCCCUCUCUCUCUCUAAAACCGAUGUCGUUACGAAGAACAUUCUUAUCUCGACGAAUCACCAGCAGAUCCAAAUUAAUCAACGAAUCAAUCACCUUACAUAAUGCUCAAUUCGAAUCGCAAUCACAACAGGCCUGUACCGUCGUUUACGGCAACGAUGACGUCACAUCUGAACCUGACGGCACCGGAAACGGCGAAGGCUCGUGGUCUAACAUGUUGCCGGAGCUAAUUGGAGAGAUAAUCAAGCGAGUUGAAGCCUCCGAGGACCGGUGGCCGUUGCGCCGAAACGUCGUCGCUUGUGGUUGUGUGUGUAAGAAAUGGAGAGAGGUUGUUAAAGAGCUCGUUAAACCGCCGGUUCACGGCGGUAAUAUCACGUUUCCGUCGUGUUUAAAGCAGCCUGGUCCACGGGAUACUCCACUUCAAUGUCUUAUAAAGAGAAACAAGAAGAACAACAUGUUCUACCUUUAUCUUGCUGCUAGCUCAUCAUUUACAGAGAAGGGUAAGUUUCUCUUGGCAGCACGUAGAUACAGACACGGUGCUCAUACAGAAUACAUAAUAUCACUCGAUCCCAACGAUCUAUCUCAAGGAAGCAAUGCGUAUGUAGGUAAAUUAAGCUCGGAUUUUCUUGGCACCAAAUUCACAAUCUAUGACAGCCAGCCACCACAUGACGGGGCAAAGCACUCUAGCAGCAAGGGUGCGCGGCGAUUCACAAGCAAGCAAAUAAGCCCACAAGUGCCAGCUGGCAAUUUUGAAAUUGGAGAGGUAUCCUACAAGUUCAACCUCUUGAAAUCUAGAGGUCCAAGAAGAAUGGUGUCUUCUUUAAGGUACCCUGUGCCUGAUGAACCUCAGGAAACAGAACCAAAGUUGACAAAGUCAAAGUCGGUUGCUGCUGGUCAAACUCUAUUGAGAAAUAAAGCGCCAAGAUGGCACGAACACUUGCAAUGCUGGUGUUUGAAUUUUCAUGGGCGGGUGACGGUGGCAUCAGUGAAAAAUUUUCAGUUAGUAGCAACAAUGGACCCGAGCCAGCCCGGUGGAAAAGGUGACGGUGAAACCGUGUUACUUCAGUUUGGAAAGGUUGGUGAUGAUAUGUUCACAAUGGAUUACAGGCAGCCGCUGUCGGCUUUUCAUGCAUUUGCUAUUUGCCUGACCAGUUUUGGAACAAAGCUUGCGUGCGAGUAGUGUGCAACUUGGUGCGACUUGUUACGUGCGUGUUGUUGGUUGUAUCGUGCAUGUUGACGCAUAUCAUGUGUUUUAGAUACUUCUUUGUCUCAUUCUGCAAACUGUGUUUUACUUGUUAGGAUGUAUGUGAUGUAUAUAUGCAUGACCGAACAUUAAUUUUAGUGGGACUGUUUUCUUGUGGGCUUGUAAGUGUUGGUUAAAGCAAGAAUGUGUUUUUCGUUUUUGUGAA